UUCCCGCCCUAUAUAUUGAGUUCUUUACUCACUGAGUUCUUCACAUUUCAAUUAUCUCUCGCCUUCCCCCUCUUUCUCUACAUUUCAGCAUUUCAUUUAACUUUUCGUCCAGAGAGCGGAGAGAUGCUUGCCACGCUUAAAUCCGAAGAAUCGAGCCAACUGCAGCUCGUCGAACGAGAAGACGUUGAGGAUGAAGAAGACCUCUUCGAAGCCGUUGACAAAUUGGUUGCUCAAGGUAUUAAUGCCGGAGAUGUAAAGAAGCUUCAGGACGCAGGAAUAUAUACCUGCAAUGGCUUGAUGAUGCACACAAAGAAGAAUCUGACCGGUAUCAAAGGUUUAUCGGAGGCAAAAGUCGACAAGAUCUGUGAAGCUGCUGAGAAAAUCGUGAAUUUUGGUUAUAUUACUGGAAGUGAUGUGCUGCUCAAAAGAAAGAGCGUAGUUCGGAUUACAACUGGGAGCCAAGCGCUCGAUGAAUUAUUAGGAGGCGGAAUUGAAACACUGGCGAUUACAGAAGCGUUUGGGGAAUUCCGGUCAGGAAAAACGCAGCUUGCUCAUACUCUCUGCGUUUCCACUCAGCUUCCUACUAGCAUGCGUGGAGGUAAUGGAAAAGUUGCUUACAUUGACACAGAAGGAACUUUCCGUCCCGACCGAAUUGUUCCCAUAGCUGAGAGAUUUGGCAUGGAUCCGGGGGCUGUACUAGACAAUAUUAUCUAUGCUCGCGCAUAUACAUACGAGCACCAGUACAACCUUCUUCUCGGUCUGGCAGCUAAAAUGUCCGAAGAACCAUUCAGACUUCUGAUAGUGGAUUCUAUCAUUGCACUAUUUCGGGUGGACUUCUCAGGCAGAGGAGAGCUGGCAGAGCGCCAACAAAGACUUGCUCAGAUGCUUUCUCGAAUAACUAAGAUAGCCGAGGAAUUCAAUGUUGCAGUUUAUAUGACAAAUCAAGUUAUAGCUGACCCAGGAGGUGGGGUGUUUGUGACUGAUCCAAAGAAACCUGCCGGAGGGCAUGUACUAGCUCAUGCCGCCACAAUAAGGUUGAUGUUCAGGAAAGGGAAAGGCGAACAGCGCGUUUGCAAAGUCUUUGACGCCCCAAAUCUGCCGGAGGCUGAAGCAGUGUUUCAGAUAACCCCAGGGGGCAUUGCAGACGUAAAGGACUGAACACAUCCUUCAGAGGGUUUUUCGCCAACGCCAGAGUUACAGUCACAAACAAUACUUUAUCUUAGUUUCACCGUUAAGAUUAAUCUUCCUACUAUAU